GGAGGCCACUAUCGAGAAGCACAGCAUCGCUCCGGGUCAAUUAUGGAAUGUUGAUGAGAAGGGAUUCAAUCCCGACCCCAUUCCCAAGCGAGUUGUGACGGCUAGGGCAAGUAAGGCACAGCAGCAGCACAAACGCAGCCAUGACCACAUCACAGCCAACAUUUGUAUCAAUGCCUGCGGCAACCAUCUGCCCCCUCAGCUUAUCUACAACCGUGCACAGCUUACCACACGCCUGGUGGAGAAUGGACCACCAGGCGCAAUUUACUGCACAUCCAAGACUGGGUCCAUGGACAGAGAGCUUUUUCAGAGCUGGUUCAAGGAUCUCUUCUUGGCGUCAACAUCCCGGGAGAAGACCCAGUUGAUACUGAUGGAUAACCAUUCCUCCCACAUUAGCGUGGAGAUACUCGAGCUGGCGAGGAAGUCUAAUGUUGUUUUCAUUGCGCUUCCAUCCAAGACUACCCACAUACUGCAGCCACUCGACAAGACUGUCUUCAGUGCAAUGGGAGCACACCACCAGAGCACCAGUGCAGCUGCCCGCUUGUUAAAGCCCAGCCAUAGUCUCGCCCUGUCAGACUUUCUGCCAAUAUUUGCUGACACAUUCACGAAGUCCGUCACCCCCGCCAACAUCAUGGCAAGUUUUAAAGUAACGGGGGUAUACCCUACGGACCGAAGGGUUAUUCCUCAGCAUGUCCUCGCACCAUCUGAAGUUCAUCGCGCUGAAUCAGGUAUGGAACCACUCAGCCCAGAAGAGGAAGCACUGUUCCAGAGGCGCGUAUCUGAAGGAUAUGAUGUGCCGGACGCACGAUACGACAUGUGGAAAGCAGCUAGAGCAGCACCAACACAGGACACGGGAUUCGUUGAAAUGCCACUGGCGACCAGCUUGGUUACUGCUGGUGUCAUCAGUCCCAGCACUGCAUCAAUUUUCAUGACGCCAGCUGUGACACCGAGACGCCUUCCAUCUGCAGCGAGCCAGGCUCGUACCUUGACAAGCGACGAGUUCUUCACAGCCCUGCAGCGAGUUGAAGAAGAAAGACAAAAGAAAGAAGAUGCCAAGGAGGCCAACAGGAGGCAACGAGAGCAACGCAGGAGCAGUACCUCCAGUGCACAUACAUCAUCAUCAGCAGCAGAGGCAGAAGCAGCGGCAGCAGUAACAGUAGCAACAGCAGCACUGGCAGCACAGCCAACUCCUACUUAUCCUCAGACAUGUUUGAUCUGCGGUGAAGCCUGCAACGACAACUGUGCCGACUGUUUUGCAUCACUGCACACUGCAUGUUUGGAAGCUGUGCAUCCUGAUGGUAAAUGUGUGAACUGUGUGCCUGAUACACUGUGAGUGUUGACAGGUACUUGUACAAAUGACAAAGGCACGUCAAACCAUGUAUAUAUUGUAUAUAUUAUUUCUAAUGCCUCUUUCAUGAAUUGUAUAACAUCUUGAUUUUUUGAAAUUCUUUCAAGCAAUUUCACCUGAAACUUCACAUUGAAAUCCCAGCCAUGAGCGCUUCUGUAACAGGCUCAGCUCGUAUAAUACUGUUGUACUAUUACUGAAUAUCACAUGCCCAGUUCAGUGUUGACACCAGUUCAUGCUGAACGUGUUCAAUUCGCAAAUUCUCAAAGGCUACUCAAAAUUACCAUAUCCCACAAGAGGAUAAUAAUGAUCAUGGCUGUCACUCGGG